AAUCGGCGUGGGGCUUCUGGGGGCUGGGAUGCUCCUGUCCUGCUCGUGCCCCUUCAACCACCCCCUCCCCAGGACCCCAGCUGGGGAUUUCAUCAAAACCGCUGCCCCCCUUUUUUUUUUCUAAAAAGAAACAAAAAGGGAAAAGGCAGCUCGUGCUGACUUCCCACUUUCCUUUCCCCUUGUCCCUGUCGCGCCGGAUCCCUGCGGGACCUCCAGGCUCCGCCACCCCCCUGCAUCCCCCCCUUCAACAGCGCCGGGUUUGGAGCUGGGGCUGCAGGACCCCUCCCUGGGGGGCUGCUGGCCCCCCCCCGUGUCACCCCGCGGUGGCCGGGGCUGUCCCCGCUGCCGGAGGUGACAGCGGCGCGGCCCCCCCGCUCCCCCCGCGGCCGGGCGGCGUCGGGCCGGCAGCAUGAUCGCCGUCUCCAUCCCGGCGGCAGAGCCCCCGCGCAGCCCCGACACGGCGCACACGGUGUUCAGGGUGGAAGUGCUGUGCAAUGGCCGGCGGCACACGGUGGCGAAACGCUACAGCGAGUUCCAGGCGCUGCACAAGCGGAUCAAGAAGACCUGCAAGGUCCCCGACUUCCCCCCACGCCGUGUCCCCAACUGGAUGCCCAAAGUGCUGGAGCAGCGCCGGCAGGGCCUGGAGCUCUACAUACGGGGUGUCCUGUACCACAACGAGGAGCUGCCCCAGGACGUGCUGGACUUCCUGAAGGUGCGGCGUUGCCAGCAGGACCCCAAGGCCACCAGCCCCCCCACUGGCCCCCUGCCCUCCCAGCGGCCCGUCGUUGGCUUCUGCACUGACCCCUACGCGCAGCCACCAGGCACCGACCUGCUCCCUGACACUGUCCUCAGGGGGGUCCUGCAGGGCCUCUACGUCCCCCUGAGCUGCGGCCCCCACCAGGCAGCACCUCGAGCCCCCAGCCUGCCGGGGUCCUGAGCACCCACCCAGCACCCGGGGCAGCAGUAGGAAGGAGCCCUGCAGUAAAAACAACCUCCCGUGCGGCAGCUGGAGCUGGGACGGGGCAGGAAAAAUAGGUGGGAGAAGCCAAGGGGCAGG